UUCUUCUUCUUUUAUGCUGAUGCCAUGAAAAUCCAAAGAGACUGAGCUUUUCAGCGUUCCAGAAAUGCUCGCCAAAUCUGCCUGCCCGUCCUUUAACCUGAACCCUCUGCGCCCCAACUUGAGCUGGAAAGCCCCGAACCCGCUCCAGUCGCGCGUCGUCCUCCACGGCCGCCGACGGGAGGCCCCUUCGAGGGCCCUCAGAAAUGGGGGUCCGGUGGCAGUGAGGGCGGGCUACAACAGGACGCCGUUGGACACUCCGGGAGCGUACCAGCUGAUCGACGAAGAAACGGGGGAGAAGUUCAUUGUGUGGGGCGGAGCCGACGAUGACGACACCCAAAUCCCUUCCAAGGCCGUCCUCUCCUGGAACCCUUCGCUAGCCUCCUCCGUUAGCAAGAACAGUGAAGGAAGUGAAGAAAGAACUGCAACAGAUGUGGAUAGUGUGCCCUCGACUGUGGGGGCAAAGGGUGGGCCCCGGAGUUUUGGAAGACUGAAAGUGCAAAGAGUGAAAGCCCUUGCCAAACAACACCCUCGACUGAAGGAUGGAAGUAGAGAAUACGAUGAUGAGCCGACUCCUGGGGCACUGGGUCGCUCACGUUCUGAUCUUGAGUUAGAUACAAGAAAGAAGAAACCAACUGCGCACAGACAUGAAGAUAAGGUUCCUGGUGCUGACAGGUUAAGAGCUAUUCGAGAGUCAAUACUGAGAUCUAAUACUGAAGAGAUGGACGACUGUGUGAAUCAAGACAAGCCUGAUAAGCGCCGCAAAAAUUAUGCAACUGAGGACUCUGUUGCUGGAGGUUCUAAUGCAGGUUUUCGAGGUUGGGAUAAGGGUGGAACCUCACGGGACUUUCGAUCGGAAUCAAUGGACCCUCUCAAACAGCAUAAGAAGCUAUCUGCGGAUAGUGACUUCUUUAGUAGGAAGUCCUUUACUGAUUUGGGAUGCAGUGAAUAUCUGAUUGAAUCCUUGAGAAAGCAGCUCUUUGUUCGGCCUUCGCAUAUCCAGGCCAAGGCAUUCAAGCCUGUUAUUGGGGGAAAGAGCUGUAUACUGGCUGAUCAGAGUGGUUCGGGAAAAACACUCGCCUAUCUCGCACCUGUGAUCCAGCGUCUUAGGGAAGAGGAGAUACAAGGAGUAAGCAAAUCUUUACCUAGAAGCCCUCGAGCCGUUAUACUGGUGCCAACUGCUGAGCUGGCUUCACAGGUUCUGAAUAAUUGCCGUGCAAUGUCGAGAUUUGGAGUCCCAUUCCGGUCUAUGGUCGUAACGGGUGGCUUCAAACAGAGAACUCAAUUGGAAAAUUUAGAGGAGGGAGUUGAUGUUUUAAUUGCAACACCGGGUCGUUUCAUGUAUCUCAUCAAAGAAGGGUUCGUGGAGCAGACCAAUCUCCGAAGCGUUGUUCUGGACGAGGUGGAUAUUCUCUGUAAGGAUGAGGACUUUGAAACAGCUCUUCAGAGUUUGAUCAACUCCUCCCCGGUCUCAACACAGUACCUUUUUGUGACAGCCACUUUGCCUGUAGAUAUAUAUAAUAAGCUUGUUGAAAUCUUUCCCGACUGUGAAGUAAUCAUGGGACCCGGCAUGCACCGGACAAGCCCUGGUCUUGAAGAGGUACUAGUAGAUUGCAGCGGAGAAGACGGGGCUGAAAAGACUUCUGAGUCUGCAUUUGAGAACAAGAAGUCCGCUCUCAUUCAGAUUGUGGAAGAGACCACAGUGCCAAAGACGAUUAUUUUCUGCAACAGGAUAGAGACAUGCAGAAAAGUGGAGAAUGCUCUGAAGCGUUUAGAUAGGAAGGGGGCUCGUGUGCGGGUGCUCCCCUUCCAUGCUGCUGUGGCACAAGAAACAAGGCUUGCAAAUAUGAAGGAAUUUACCACUUCUCAACCGAGGGACGGCUCUCUAUUCUUGGUCUGCACCGAUAGAGCAUCGCGUGGGAUUGAUUUUGCGGGAGUUGAUCACGUGGUCCUCUUUGACUUUCCCCGUGACCCGAGUGAGUACGUCCGUCGCGUUGGAAGGACAGCCAGAGGUGCUGGAGGGAGAGGCAAGGCAUUCGUGUUUGCUGUCGGGAAGCAGGUCUCGCUGGCAAGGAAGAUCAUGGAGAGGAACCAAAAGGGGCAUCCUCUGCACGAUGUGCCAGCUGCUUACGAGCUGAUGAGCUGAUGACCCAACUGCUCGAAACAUGAGGACGUGGAUUGGUUUUCUUUUAUGCAGGUGAGGAUCUUGUGUUCCCCUUUGUUACAUGAAGGAUCCAUGUGACAGGAAGAUUGCAUAGAAUAGUCGGUUUUCCCCACCGCAAUCUUCCAAAAAUGUGGGGAUUUCCUUGUAGCUUCUUGUAAAAAUUUUGGCUGAUCAUAUAAAUAGGAAAUCUUUGGUUCUUCCCCGACCUUA